AUUCGGUCCGGCAUGACGAGCGCGAGACAACGCCUCGGGAGAGCUAGCAGCGCAGCCGCGGAACAGUUUCAGGAAAGCCUCCGGCAACUGCGCGCUUUUUUCGUGAGGAUUGCGCGGAGCGCAGGAGAAUCGGCAAGGCGCAGCCGCACAAGUGCUGGGAACGCUGCACGAAGGGCAGGGCGAUCGAUGAGAGACACGAUGCGAUCAGUUGCCGCAGGCAUGAGAAGACCCCGUGGUCAACGCGCGUCCACCCAGGCUACGCAACAGGCUACUUCUACACAACAGCCGUGAACGGGAACAUGGGAACGAUGAGGAACUGUCAAUUCUCUGACGGAGCAGGAUAAAAAACUCGGAUAUGGAUGUGUCAGGAUUGAAAUCGACAAAGUUGAAAGAACUUGCAAUGCAUAGAAUGGAUGAAAUAAGUUGCUGUGACCCAGGUUCCAAUUGGCGCAUGACAAAUUUGGGUAGACCUGAAAUCCAGUUUGUCAUGCUGUUUGGCAAAGGAAGGCGCCUUUUGUCAUGCUACUUUAGCACCUCAGUUUCUACCCCUCAACAGGCUUACAUCUGCCUCACUUGCCUACUCCGCAAGACCGGCGCUUUGUGGGCUGCAUUUUAUGCAUGAGAAACUACUUAUUUCAACUUUAACGAUUUCAAUCCUGACACCCCCAUAUCGGCACUCGUACUUCUGAAAGGAUGAUAAAUCCUCAAGUUGUAGGCUACCACGAUUACUCCUUAUUAACGCCGCCAGCAUCUGGUGGUUGUAGUGUUGUACUGUAUGAUUCGUGAGUGCCAGUUAUUGGCUCUGAGCGCCCUCCUGGGCGGCUAGCAGUUAUCGGCGGCAGGAGCAGGUCGAGGGGAGGUCCUGUAUCCAAGAAAAAAACAUUGUAGGUGUAACUUUUUUGGAGGAGAAGCAUUACAAACUUGUCUGGCAUGACAGCAAAAACCUGUCAUGCGCAGAUAGAACGUGAAAACAUCCUUUAAUAGACCCUGCGAUGCAUGCCAAGCAUGACAAGCGCAAUCAUCUUGCAUGUUACGCAUCACAGAUUUACAUUAACAACGUUUUUUUCUUGCAUAUCCUGGCGAUCGAGUCUAAUCGGAUCGCCAGUUGGGUGGAACAACAAGUUUUGAGUAUUGUGAGGAAAAAUCCCCCCUCCCCAUAUUGAAAGCGCAUCCUUCUGAAAAUCUGUGAUGCGGAUUUGUGACCACAAAUCCUGUCUGUCUUGCAUGCAGGCAAAUGCAGAGAAUCCGCCGCAUUGUGCAGGCGGUUUGUGAUGCUGUUGGGCCUACACCGUCAACGUUUUUCAUGCUAGGAGCCUACGCCAAAACAUCGCGGCUCAGGCUUUGCGUAUGCCUGCAGUCCUCUACUGCAAGACAAAUCUGAUUUGUGUACUGAAAUCCAGCAUCAGAGACUUCUUUUGAUAUGGGGUGGGGGAAUUUUUCCUUUUGAUAUUGAGGACGAGCACACCGCAUUGUGUAAGAUGAUUCUGAAUUAUGCUGGUUGAGCUCGAAGAAGACGAACUGCCUCUCCACGCAUGACAAAAUCAUUAAUGCGCGUAGGAAUUUUACUUUUACUAUUAUCCCGAUCUAUUUUAUUUUCGGUUGUCUUUUGAAAAUGUAUGAUAACCUUAAACGCGCUCUGUCGUGCCAUCGGUGUAUGAUUUUACGUUGUCAGCACUCCUACUACUUCUUUGGGAAUAACGGUUCUGAUCAAGAAGAUCUUCGUGUACAAUUAAUUUCCAAAUUCGAUUCUCCAUCGAGCAUGACCAAGUCGUAUUGAUGAAUGUGUAAGUCUGCUCGACGACCUUUAUGGUUCUGUAUAAUUAGUUUCCUUUUAG